UAUACUGUCCAUGUCAUCAAACCCUAGCAAUAACAUGUCAGAAGAGAAAUGCCAUCAGCUAGUGACUUCAUAAUCAAAAAUAAAAGGGGAAACAACUACAGUUUUGGGAAUAAAGGGAACUGUCUGCCCCCCACACAUGCACGCGGCCAGGGAUGGGGAGUGAAAGAGUUACCAGUAAGCAGGCAAGAUGGAAAGGGAAGGGUAUGGAAGCAAUGUGAAGUAGACCGCCAAUGCCUAAGACUAAAGCUGAAAAUUCCAUGUAAGUGUUUGUCUCGAAUACCAGAAAGCAAUGUGGGAAAUCAAAAUUUCAAGGCCCUCCCAGAAAAAGGAAACGGCCAAUUCUGUAAUGAAUCGUUCUCAAGAAAUAGGCUAGUAAAAUAAGCUAAAAAUGAUACAAUAAAAGAUCCAUCAAUUAAAACCCUUUUGCCUAACCUUUCAAUGGUUUUGUUUCCAAAUCAUCAAGUAAUCAUUUAACAAUUUUAUACGUACUUAAGAUUGUCUCAAUGAUGGUAUACUCAAAAGCAACACUGCUAGAACCUUGUAAUAAGUUGGGUGCAAGUGUCCAGGAGAUAGAUGCUUUGUAACCUCUACACUUCAUAACAAAAUAGUUAGAGCUAAAUCGCAAGAUUCCAACGUCUCUUCAACCUUUAUGUCAGUCAAACAGAAUGCC